CUACUCCCAUAUUAAAAUCCCUAAGCUCACAAAUUCCACCACCCUACACCAACUCCCUCCGGCCACCUCCUCCGCCACCGCCACCGCCUCCGGCCAAAUUACACACACAUGCAUACAAAAGCUACACACACAUAGUAGUGUUUUUUUUUGUGUAUAUAAACAUAUUUUCUAUAGUAAUUGUGAUUUAAAAUGGAGGGUGGAUUUGAUGAUGAACACGAUGAGGCUUCCGCCGCCACUCCUCCGCGGGAUAAUACGGCCGAAUCUCCGGUUUCCGGUGACGAAGAAGCGUAUGCUCCUUCUCCAAAAAAAAGUAGGAGGGGUGCUAAUAAAAGAGUAGUGACGGUGCCCAUCGGCGGCGGAGACGGCUCCCGGAGCAAAACGGAGGUGUAUCCGCCGCCGGAUUCUUGGUCGUGGCGGAAAUACGGCCAAAAGCCUAUAAAGGGAUCGCCUUAUCCAAGGGGAUAUUACAAGUGCAGCAGCUCGAAAGGUUGCCCGGCCAGAAAACAAGUUGAGAGAAGCCGGCUUGACCCCACAACCCUCCUUAUCACCUACUCUUGCAAUCACAACCACCCUCUCCCCACCACCACCAAGAAUCACCACCACCACCAACACCACAAACCUCCUUUGCCCACGACGGCGGCUUCCUCGGCCGCGAAGACGACAAUCUCAUCCUCGUCAUCCGACACCGUCAGUCCACCACCGGUAACCAGCUUCCCUCCCGAGCCCACCUCCAGCCAGCCUGACGUCGAGCCGUGUCCGGCGGACGACGGAUUCGUCGAGCUGGCCGGAGAGCUCGGCUGGCUGUGCGACGUGGUGCCCGCGACGACCCUCGUGGUGGUCCCCACGUGGGGCGGCGCCCAGGCCGACAUGGAGUUCUCCGUGCCCAUCGGGGAGGAGGACAAGCUCCUAUUCGGAGACCUCGGGGACUUGCCCGAGUCCUCCAUGGUGUUCCGACGACAUAGGGUGGAAGCGCCGUGCUGUGCCGGCGGCACCGGAUGAGAGCAUAGAACUCAAAACGUGAAUAACAAUAAUAAAAAUUCGCACAAAUCUUGGCAUCAUGUCUUCUUCUUUUUUUCCCCUUCCCUCACUGUAAAGAUAUGGAGAAAAAUUAUUUCAUUUGACCUUUUUUUCUUU